AUGCGCACCGUUCUGAUUUUUCUGGUGAUUUUGGCUCCGACUUCGGUUAUUGCUUGCAAAUAUUGGGAUGCUUUCAAGUGUGGAUUUGUGAGUUUCAUUUAGUUUUAAAUUAUUGUGUUUGUGAUUUAAUUUUAGAAGGGUUUGAAUCUGAUUCUUAUGCCUGACAACACAGUUAUCGAAAAAAUCGAUAAACGUAUCGAAUCUUGCAAUUAUGUGAAAGAGUGUGGACAGGCUAUUGUUGACAGUUCUGGAGAUUCAGAACGCGAUGAAAAUCAAUUAAUAUUUGAUGUUGCGAGAACUGGAUGUAAACUAAUUAAUCGAAUGUAUGAAGAUGAUUUCGUUUCAUGUGCAAUUCAAAUGGAAAAAUAUUACUGGAAUCAUGUGUGCGAUAAUAGAACAUACAAUAUCACGGGAAGCAAUAUCUAUAAUGAGUUUUUUGUAUGUUUCGGAGAAUACAUCAGAUAUGAAUGCACACCUGAUCAAUUUCAAAUUUUCCAAAAUGUGAGUUGA